AUGGGUCGCAACAUCAAGAAGGCCAAGAAGGCCAAAUCCAAGAAGUCUAAGAAGAAAACUGAAACGUCCUCGUCGUCCAAUCCUGCGGUUGCCUCUGGUCCGGCUAAGGUCUGGCAACCGGGUGUAGAUGCACUGGAAGAUGGGGAGGAGCUGCAGUUUGAUCCCGAGGCUUACAAUUAUCUCCGAGGUUUUGGCAUUGGCUGGUCUUGCUUGAGUUUUGAUGUUGUGCACGAUCAACUUGGACUCAUCCGUUCAGAGUUCCCCCAUACAUUCUAUGGUGCUGCUGGAACGCAGGCUGAGAAAGCUUCAUGGAAUUAUAUUGGCGUUUUCAAGCUUUCUAACAUAAUUGGGAAGAAGCGGGAACCUAUACCAGCUUCAGCAGUUGAUGGCGACACUGAUGUGGAUAGCGACAGCAGCAGUGAUGAGGAAGAUGAAGAAAUUAAUGAGGAUACAAAGCCCAUCCUACACCUAAAAAAGGUGGCUCAUGCGGGAUGUGUAAAUCGCAUACGCUCAAUGACUCAAAAACCACAUAUAUGUGCUACAUGGGGAGAUACUGGUCAUGUUCAGGUGUGGGACUUGAGCUCCUUCCUUAAUUCUUUAGCAGAGUCAGGGACAACUGCACCCAAAGAAGACGACAUAAUCCACAAACACUUACCCGUGAAAGUAUUUAGCGGCCAUAAAGAUGAGGGAUAUGCCAUUGAUUGGAGUCCACUUGUUACUGGAAGACUUGUUUCUGGUGACUGCAAUAAGUGCAUUCACCUAUGGGAACCGACUUCAAGCAACUGGAACGUAGAUGCAAACCCAUUUGUUGGACACUCUGCAAGUGUUGAAGAUCUACAGUGGAGUCCCACAGAAGCCGACAUAUUUGCCUCUUGUUCUGUUGAUGGUACGAUAUCAAUAUGGGAUAUACGUACAGGGAAGAAACCUUGUAUUUCUGUCAAAGCUCAUAAAGCUGAUGUGAAUGUUAUCUCAUGGAACAGGCUUGCUAGCUGCAUGAUAGCUUCUGGGUGUGAUGAUGGCAGUUUCUCAGUUCGUGAUCUUAGAUCAAUUCAGGAGGACUCGUUGGUAGCACACUUUGAGUACCACAAGAAAGCAAUUACAUCUAUCGAGUGGAGUCCACAUGAAGCAUCAUCAUUGGCUGUAACAUCUGAAGAUCAUCAACUAACAAUUUGGGACCUUUCAUUGGAAAGAGAUGCGGAAGAGGAGGCUGAGUUCAGAGCGAAGAUGAAAGAGCAGGCAAAUGCACCUGAAGAUUUGCCCCCACAACUUCUUUUUGCUCAUCAGGGCCAGAGAGACUUGAAAGAACUGCACUGGCACCCACAGAUACCGUCAAUGAUCAUAUCAACGGCAAUUGACGGUUUCAACGUGUUGAUGCCUAGCAACAUUGAUACAACCAUUCCUGGCAACACUGAUACAGCAAUGGCAUCUGCUGAGCCAUAG